CUGGCAGAUAAUGUCGUCAAUCACUACUCAUCAUGGCGAGGUCAAGAUCACCUUCAGGCUCUAGGUCGAGAUCGCCGGUGAAACGUAGAGCAGGCAGUGCAGAUGUGGAGACGGCUGGAGAUAUAGAGGCUUCGGGCUGCCCAUUCCUCAUCCGAUUGUUCCUCAGCAAAGGUCGACAUGCGCCUAUGAUCGAUUUUGACGAUGGUAAAUUCCCAAUACGGGAUGAAUUUCAGGUGUAUGGAUGGAAAACGUCCACCCCGACAUCGUUGAUCGCUCUAGUCUACGCCAAUCUUCCGCCACCUUAUCGUUCUCCACUUGCCAGAUUCUCUUUCAGACACAUUUACGUCGAUGCCUCUGCCCGGGGUCUCUACAAGUCCAACGAUCUUGUCUCUUUCACCGGACGAGACCUUUCCGCUACGCUAGAAGAAAAGCCAGAAUCUAAGGGCAUGGACAUGGAGUUGGACCAGACUAUCGACUCGGGUGGCCCUGGUGCUAGAAGGGGCCGCAAAGUGGACGAAAAGACCUUGGACGGGUAUGGAUUUGUCACAGGAGAUUUGCUCAGUGUAUGCGUGAACGUUCCAGAACCAAAGCUACAUCCAGGACCGAACAGACCACCCUUGAUGGGUCUUUCGAAUGGAGCUGGAGCUGGAGGUCCAGGAGAUAGAAUUGGGGGUGGAUUUGGGAGACCCGACAAGUUCAACGGGAGGGAAGGAGGAAGAGAGGUUCAUCCGUCCGACAAAGAAGGGACGUGGAGUCGAGGCGAGGCUUUACCGCCUGCUGGUCGGCCCAUACGCGGUAGUGCAGGUCGCGAACUUCUGGGCGAGCGAAGUGGCGCCGGUCCGAGACCAAGCAACGGAUUGGGGAUUCGAGGUGCUGGGACGAGACAUCGGAGUGGCAGUCCGCCUGAUGGGAGGGAUAACGGGUACAGGAGGAGGAGCAGGAGUCCAGCAGAUCGCAACAGGAGGGAGAGCUACGGCAGGAGAUAGGAAUGGGCUGGAAGAGGGAGCACGGAACCGAUCGUGCUGCAUCUCUGGCCGUGAAUGCAUAUAUAUUCACGUCCCAGCGUGCGUGCGAGCGAUGCCAUCCCUCCAAGAGCGAUCAUUAAUAAAGUUCUCGCGGGACCUCCACUUUUGAUUAGAAAAUGAAUU